AUGCAAGGAAUGAAUGCAUUGAGACGACAAAAUAUUUUGUGUGACCUGACUCUGAUUGUAGAAGAGCGUAGAUUCCAAGUACAUCGAAGCGUUCUGGCUGCGUUUAGCGGAUACUUCAGAGACUUGCUCAACGGACCACCAGAGGACACGGAUGAUAGUGAGAUUAUCUUAGAAGGCCUGAGUUCCCAUGGUCUCGAGUUAGUUAUAAAUUUCAUUUACACAGCUGAGAUUGAUUUGAGUAUCCAGAACGUGCCAAAGGUUCUAGAAGCUACCACUUGUCUAGAGAUGCCCAGUAUUAUAGACAUAUGUAGCGAUUUUUUGAAAGGAGAGUUGUUAAUCGAAAACUGUGUGGAGAUUCUAAAUAUUGGCACCAGCUAUAAUGUUAGUGAUCUCAGAGUGUUCGCUGAGGGAUUUAUACUGGCUAACUUUAAAGAGAUUACGGACAAGGGUGUUUUCCAAGAGCUGAAUGACCGACAAAUGAACGAUUGUCUCAAGAGCAAUAAGCUAGCCAUGUACGACGAGACGGAGGUAUUCCAGACAGUGGUCAGGUGGCUACAACUAACUCCUAUCAGAUUACCAUAUUCUGGGAAACUCAUGCGGAAUGUCCGGUUGUCAUUGAUUCCGCCAGAUGACUUGGUGGACAAAGUCCAGUCUCAUGGGUUUAUGAUGAAUGAUCCAGCAUGUAACUCCCUGCUGAUCGAUGCCUUCAAGUACCAUGCUACUCCACAUCGCCAGCCUUGUAUGCAAUCCAUGAGCUCAAUGCUAAGAUCCAGUAACGAACUUUUCAUUACUGUUGGCGGACUACGGGAUAACGGAGCUACUACAAACGUGGAAUGUCUGAACACGUUCAAUGGUGCCACCUAUCAUCUGUCUCAAGCACCGUCGCGAUUGGUAGACCAUAGCGUAGCUACUUUGGCCAAUUUUAUGUACGUGGUUGGAGGGCAAACCAGCGGUAGCCCAGGAGGUGAACACAGCCUGGCCACGGUAUAUCGAUAUGAUCCACGCAUCAAUACCUGGGUGACUCUGCCUACAAUGAUGGAGAGGCGGUCAAACUUCCAUCUGUGCGUGAUAGCUAAUAAACUAUAUGCGGCGUGCGGGUGGAAAGGACGUCAUGAAAGAACGAGAUCUGUUGAAUACUAUGAUCCUCAGAAAAAUCAGUGGUCCUUUGUGGCGCCUUACCCUGUCAGUGCCGUGGCGCCAGCGGGUGCAGUAUUUGACGGCAUAUUAUACAUCUCUGGAGGAUACGGAGGGCAGUACAGCAAUGCUGUGAAUGCCUAUAAUCCGACAACCAACACGUGGGAAGCACGGAUGUCAAUGCAAACAGCAAGGGCGUGGCACAGCAUGGUCACGGUGCGAAGCAAAAUAUACGCUAUCGGCGGUAACUGCAAGGACGGAAACGGCAAGAGGAUCGACGUUCUUAAUACGGAAUGUUAUAACCCACUCAGCGAUCAAUGGCACACACUCCCUUCAGAUUUGCCCUCGGGGUGUAGUGUGACAAACGCAGUGGUCAUGAAAGGAAACAUAUACGUGGUUGGAGGAUACGAGUGGAAGACGAAACAGAGCAAGAGAUCAGUUCUAUGUUACUACGUAGAUGAUGAUAGGUGGGGAUGGAAGUCGGAUAUGGUUAAUACUCUGAACGGAAUGGCAUGCUGCACGUUAAUACUGCCACAAGACGUACCCAAUGACCCACGAUUUCAGUUGGACGUUGAAUAA